AUGGCCAACUUACUCCUGAACAAGUUCUACGAGUUGCUUUUUGGCGGUUCGUCUUUGCCUGAACCUCCACCCUAUGUAUUCCCUCCCGCUACCAAGGCAGAUUUGGAAUACGCUGAUCUUGCCAUAAUCGACCUUUCCAAAGCGUCGACUGAAGCUGGCCGAGCAGAGCUAACUGAGCAAGUGCGCGAGGCAAUGAACAAACAAGGGUUCUUCUAUGCCAUUAAUCAUGGAUACACCCCAGAACAGACGGCUCGUAUCUUCAGCAUAGCGAACAUGACGUUCGAUAAUGUCGAUGACAAGGAAAAGGAGCACUAUGCCGGGAAGUCGCCCGACAUUUAUUUUGGAUACAAACCUAAGCAAACCUGGGUCAUUCGCAACGACAUCCGCGAUCAAAUCGAACAAUAUAACAUCAACAAGUCAAACAAGCAAGAGCACCCGGCGACACUUCGCCCUUAUUCGAAAUACCUCGACGACUUUGCUCGACACAACCAUUUCAAUGUCGUGUACCCCAUCUUGAAACUUCUCGCUCGGGGAUUAGAACUUCCGGAAGAUACUCUGAUCAAGCAGCAUCAAUUCGAUGCGGAAGGAGAGUCCUCAAUGAGAUUUAUGAAGUACUUUCCCCGUAGCAAGGAAGAAGAAGAGAAAACGGAGCGUGUUUGGUUGAAGGGACAUCACGAUAUCGGCUGCGUAACCGUGCUCUGGUCUCAACCCAUCGGCGGUUUGCAGAUUCUAUCUCCCGACGGCAAAUGGAGGUGGGUCAAACACAUGGACAACGCUUUGGUCAUUAACGCGGGUGAUGGCCUUGAUUUCCUGUGCGGAGGAUAUUAUCCUCCGACUCGCCAUCGGGUCAUCCAGCCACCUGCUGAUCAGGCGAAUUGCCCUCGUCUGGGAGUAUUCUACUUCUGCUUUGCCGAUGAAGAUGUUCAACUUGCUCCGCACACCGAGAGCCCCGUCUUGCAGAGAGUUGGUAUCAAGUCCCAAUUGAAGCCUGGAACGGUCGCUCCUACUAUGAGGGAGUGGAGGUCCAGUCGCGUGAAGUCUUAUGGACAGGUUAAGCUGACGGAGGGGGUUGAGAAAAACGUUGAAGAGGAAGUCGUAUUGGGUGUCGUCGUGAAGCAUUUCAAUUAG